CUAUUCUGCCGCCUCUCCAAGACCCAGCCAUACACAUUCACAUCCUGUGCAGCAGUGAAAAUAUGCUGCAAUACCGGGAUCAUGGUCAAACGUACUGCUCAUGAUGUCCCGCCCGAGGCCUCGCCUCCCAAAAAGCAUCACAUGGCAGAAAACCACCCACAAACCUAUGUUGAUGAUUUUGAAGACGACAAUACUACAGCUCAAACUCCCAAUUCCACAAACGCCACAGCUGAGCCAGCGUCACCGGCUACCGUAGUCACCACUCCUCGACCAAAGUUCCCCUCCGACCUCAAGACCCUCGCAUGCACAUGGCCAGGAUGCUCGAAAACCUUUAAUCGACCUGCCCGACUACGAGACCAUCUCAACUCCCACACGAAUUCACGGCCCUUUAAAUGCCCAUAUGACGACUGUGACAAGGACUAUAUUGAAGACAAGCAUCUCAAGCAGCACAUCAAGGCCGUACAUACUCAUGAGCGCAAGCAUGUCUGCCAACGAGAAGGCUGCGGUAAGAGCUUCGUCACAGGAACUCGCUUGAAGCGACAUCAAGCUGUCCACGAAGGCGCUGAUCGCUUCAGAUGCGGUGACUGUGGACAGAGCUUCCGCAAGAGAGAGACGCUCAACAAACACAUCUUGAAAGACCACAAGGGCUUGCCGCCCCAUCAAUGUAGCGAGCCAGGAUGUACAGAAGCCUUUGAAUCUAAAGGUGCGCUCAGACGCCAUGAGCAGCGGGCCCAUGGCGAAAUUAAAUAUUGGUGUGGCGAAUGCGGGUUACAGACUAUGCCUGAUGGGACUGAAAAGCGAACUGGCUUUACCACUGAGCAGCUCCUCCAGGCUCACUUGAAGCAGGAGCAUCAAAACUGCAUGUUCUGCGACUUCAAGUCCUCCAAGCAAGGCGAACUCGUUCAGCACAUUGAUAUGCACCAUUCAGGCAAGACCCUAGAUGAUCGCAAGACAGUGCUGUGCCUUUAUGAAAACUGCACCAAGCGCUUCACCAAAAAGUCCAACCUAACAGCGCAUAUCCGUAUUGCCCACGAGGGCGUCCGAUUUAUUUGCGGCCAGACAGUGAUAACUGGGUCUAACCUGGAGGAAUGGCACAACGGCCUAGGUUGCGGUGACAAGUUCAGCAGCAAGGUCCGUCUAGAAGAUCACAUCCGCUACGUCCACCUCGGCCAGGCGCGUCCUAAGCUCGCAUAUGGAUCUACAUCAUCGCCCGCCGACCAAGACGUCACCCUCGACAACCUUUUGGGUAUCGGUGGUAGCGAGAUGGCUCAGGAUAUCAGCUGCCCCAACUGUAACUACUUGUUCAAGCGUUACCAUGACCUUAACAAACAUUUGGAGAGCGGCGUGUGCCCAGGCAUGUUUGCAACAGACACGCAGCUCAUACAGGACUUUACUACCCUCCAUGAUGCUGAGCCAGCACCGGGUCUGAAGGAGUGGCCAUCAGAUCUCGGCCAAGACGAGAUCUUUGCGGCCGAGAUGGACUAUGGUCCUGCACAAGAUGACUGGCUUCAAGACGAAGCAAGCAUUAUGCUGCUUGCUCGCAAAAGCCCUGACGAUAAUGAAGACCAAGUGGAUCCAGCCCUCAGUGUCAUCUGAUGAGCUAUUUGAUACACUUCGUGUACUAAGUCUAGCAGCAAGCAUGGACAUUACAUAUGAACAUUAUGAACAACUAUAUAGCAUGGGCGGCGUUUUAUAUUUUGAUAUUUUAUUAUUUUAUUUUAGGAUCGUCGAGAUAUGGACUCUUGGUAUAUAAUUCAAAAAG